AUGGCAACAAUAUCAUCGCCAGUACCAGUACUCUCCUCUGUUUUGACUUCAUCUCAUGAUAACAAUGAUGAUUAUCUUAAUCAAUUACGAAAUCAAUUCUCUCAAAUACAAAAUAAUUUUCAAGAAACACUAAAUAAAAUUCAACAGCAUAAAUCAUAUGUACCAAUUGAAACAAAUACUGAUAAAGUUGAUUCAAAUGUUAAAAAUAAUUUAUUUGAUUUAUUAAAAGAUGUAGCAAAUAAAAAUAAUCUCCCUUUCGACGAACCUUUCUAUCGUGAACAAUUUUUAGAAAAACAAGAUUCAUCUUCAUCACCAAAUGUUGAUGUUGUUCGAGAUAAACCAUACGUUAUAAAUGAUCAUCAUUUAUCACCCGUUAAUAAUGCUCGUCGAUCUCAAUUUGCACCGGUACUUAGUAGUACUCCAGUACAUCAAACAAGUCCAACUAUAAUAAUUCCAGUCGAUCUUACUAUGGCUACAUCAACAUCAGUUGCACCAGUGUUAACAAUAAAUUCUAAUGAUCUUCCUGCGGUUCCUCCAUCAGCUAUUGUACAUCAACGAGCAAAUAUAAAUCGUGCUGCUGGCCGUCCUCCACGUAUUCCACGUGGUGAAUCUGUCACACGUCAAAAGAAAAAUUCAUCACCGAUAAAAGAACAACAGGAAGAUAUCGUUAUAGAAAAAGAAAUUCAAAUAAAAUCGAAACGUCGUAUUAAAACAAAAGAUAGUAUUAUUGAAGAUAAUAUUGAAAUUAUUAUUGAACAACAAAAUGAAAUUAUACCAGAUACUGUCAAACAAGUUCAAGCAACACCAUUACGUGGUAGGAAAAAGAAAGUUAUUCAAGAUGUUGAUAAUAAUGUUAUUCCACAACUUGAACCACCACCACCAUGUCCAUUAACAAUUGAAAAUGAAAUUAUUCCGAAAAAAACACGAGGUGGAAGAGGUAAAAAAAAAGAUGAAGAUGAUGUUAAACCGAAAAGAACAACUUCUUCACGUAAUCGUAAAAAACAAGAAGAUGAAAUCGAAGAUAUUCCAGUAUCUGUGAAAAAAUCAACAAGAAAUAAAAAACUUGUUGAACCUAUUAUUAACAAUGAAGAAAAUCAACCGUUAACAACUAAAAUUCGUAGUACUCCUUCACGUAAUAAAAAGAAAUCACCAAUUGAAGUUAUUAAUUUAUCACCAGCUGAACCGAUAAUUCCAUUAUCUGCAAAGAAAACAACAACAACUAAAUCAAAAAAACGAAAAGGCAAUGAUAUUACUAUUGAAAAUCCAAUAGAUACAAUUCAACCUCCAUCUCCAAAACGUCGUGUUGGUCGAAAUACAAAAUCAAAAAAUUCAUCGCCUGUAGAACCAAUUAUUACACCACCAUUAAUUGAACAACAACAACAACCACCUGCUUCAACUCGAAGUAGUCGUCGUGGUAAAAAAGAUAUUGAUAUACCAAUAGAAAAACAAGAAGAUAUUGUUUUGAAUAAAAAAUCUCGAGCUGGUCGUAAAAAAAAGAAUAAUGAACCGAUCAUUACUGAUACUUCAGUCAUUGUUAUAGAUGUCAUGACGACAUCAGUUACUGUAUCGGCACCAGUUCCAUCAACAAAAGAUGCUAAACCACCUCGUCCACCUGUUGUGCGAAAGAAGAAAAGUCUUGCAAUGCCACCAUUACCACAAAUGUCUCCAUCAACACCACCAUCAAAUCAACGUAUUCAAUCAACAUCUCCUAUUAAUGAUAGACCACUUUUACCUAUACCUAUUCCCAGGAAUGGUAGUCGACGUCGUCAACAACAACCACGACGAGUAGCUAGUUCACCAAGAUAUGUUGAAGAGACACCUUUGGAAACAAUAUCUUCAACUACACGAAAUCAAAAACGUACACGAUCAUCUAUUAUUACGACACCAAAACGAGUUCGUCGUGAUAAUCUUGUUCUAACAACUGUACUUGGUACACCAGGUAAAAAACGAAAUAGAUGUACAUGUGAAAAACGAAGAAAUAAAAUAUGUGACAUUUGUGCAUCAGCAAUUGAUGCUUAA